AAUUAAAAAUUUUUAAAAUUGUGGUUAUCUGACACCUGUGUAUUUACUGUUUGCUAAUUUUUAGAAAUAAUAAUUCACGAACAAUAGAUGAUUGUAAAUUACUAAAUGUAAAAUAUAUUUAAUCGAUUAUUGUAGAAAAACUGUUAAAUAUAGCCUUUGAAAAAAGUACUGAACAUACCUUUGAAUAUUUAACGUACCUGUAUUUAAAAAAUGUCUUUUUCGUUUGGGUCUGCUACAACUUCGCAAGCCGCACCAUUUGGAUCGGCAGCUAAACCAUCCUUCUCCUUUGGAAGUACAAAUACUGCUACAACAAGCACUGCUGGAUUUGGGGGUUUCGGAACCAGCACAACAUCAUCAGGAUUUGGUAGCUUUGGCACUACGAAUACUGCAACUCCAUUUGGUGGUAUUGGUACUACACCUGCAUCAACAACAUCAUCACUGUUCGGUGGAACAGGUUUUGGUUCUACUGCAGCUAAACCAACCACAGGAUUUGGAACUGGUACAUUUGGUGCAGGCACAUUUGGUACCACUUCUGGUUUUGGGACAAAUACAUCAACAUUUGGUAGUACAGCUCCUACAUUUGGAACAUCUUCAUUUGGCACUGGAUCAUCAUUUGGUUCUACAUUUGGUAAACCCGCCACAACAGGUUUUGGUGGAUUUGGUACUGGUCUUGGAACAACACCUGCUUUUGGUCAGCAACAACAACAACAGCAGCAGCAACAGCAGCAACAACCACAAGGCCCGACAAAUGCACAUGAAGCUCUUGUUGCGGCUGUGUUCAAUUGCAAUGUUUUUGGAGAUGAAAGAGAUCAAGUGUUGGCAAAAUGGAAUCUUUUACAAGCACAAUGGGGAACUGGUCAAGCCUACUACAGCCGUAAUGCUCCACCAUUGGAAUUAAAUGAACAAAACCCACUGUGUCGCUUUAAGGCUGUAGGCUAUUCUAGACUUGGUGGGAAGGAAGAUAAGGAUGGACAUGUUGCUAUGAUAUUUUCAAAGCCUGAACAAGAAAUUAAAAAUAAUCAGCAAGGAUUUAUAACUUCUCUGUCUGGUCUUCUGGGGAACAAACCAAAUUUAGCUGUGAACAUUGAAUCUGUAAAAGCUGUUUCCGAUAAAAAAUGCCAGGUGGUGGUGUACGUAGUGGACAAGGGCGCGGGCGGGUCGCACAUCGGCGCGUCGGAGCUGAGCGCGUUCCUGAACGCGGGCGCGGCGCGCGGCGCGCUCACCGGCGCGGGCUGCGCCGCCGUCACGCCCGUCACGCGCCCCACGCCGCAGAUGUUGGACCAGUACCUGCAGGCGCCUCCGCCAGGCAUGGAUAUGAGACUUUGGAAACAAGCCCAAGCUGAUAAUCCCGAUCCACAAAAUUACAUUCCUGUACCAAUCGUUGGAUUUUCCGAGAUAAAGUUCCGCGCACAAUGCCAAACGGCGGAAUCGCAGCUGCAAGCGAGCUACUUGCGCAAAGCGUCGGACACGCUGAGCGAGCUGCGCACGCGGCGCGCCGCCUCCGCCGCCACGCUCGCGCAGCUCGCCGCCAGGCUGCACUCGCUUAGACAUACCUUGUUACAAAUUAUCGCACGUCAAGAAGUGGUGGGUCGUGUUGGCGCAGCUCUCAGUCCGGAGGAGGAGGCGUCGAGGGCGAGACUUCAAGAACUUGCCUCACAGUUAGCUGCGCCACCUCUGUAUAAUGGUCGUUUGAACGAGCUCUUGUGCGCGGUGCGGCUGCAACGCAGCGCGAGUGCCGGCGCACCGCACGAGAGAUAUCAUUUGGAUCCGGGUGCACAAGAAGACGUGAAACAAUUUCUGUCGCUGCAACAACGCGGUAUGGCGCACCUCAUGGAAACGGCUAAGAAGGAUCUCGCGGCGCUCAACACGAUCGCAGAAGGAAUGGCCAAACUCGUGCGGGCGUAGUAUUCGCGUACGUAAUGUUACAUAUUAUUACGUUUAGUGGUAUGAACUUGCGCGUAAUUUAUGUUUCUUUAGUUGGUUUCUGUUUUUUACUUUUUGCAAAUAAUGUUCAAAUCAAAUAAUGUUUUAUUACUGUAUAGUUUCUUUUGUACGAUGUUUCGUUUUUGAUUUGAUUGUAAGGGGUCGUUUACUGUUUAAUCACGUUGUGUGCUAAAAAGUACAGUUUGUAUAAAUAAACAAAAUAACCUAUAUUUUGUUUCUGUAUUGAAUUA